GCUCACUCUGUUGGCUCAGUAUGUUGCGCGCUACCCUGGACCGCACAGGCGCCUGUGAAUAAACAUACACGUUUCAUUUCCAAUAUAAUAUUCUUGUGUACACUAACAACUAGUUAUCGUUACUAGAAUAUUUAUCCUCAUGAUCACGUUUCAUUAUUUUCAUAAUACAUCACACCCUCGAUAAUUAUUUGAUUAUGAUUUUUGUGCGCGAUUUAAUUUUUAAUUAAAUUUCUUUUAUUUAUUUGAAAUUUUAUUUUAUUUUAUACUCGUGAGUCACUACUUAAAGUUUUAAAAUUCUUUUAUUACUUCUGAUGCCUUCAAUAUGCACACCAGAGAGCAAAACUCUGCGCAAGGUACUUAGGCAUAAAUUUAAGGUGCUUAUGGAGGAUCACUGAGAUGAAGUGCUAUUCAACAUUAAGUAGUUGUCAAGUUUAUCUUAAACAAUGAAUCCAAUUAUUCAUUGUACUAUUAAGUGACUAUUUAUUGUUAUUAUUUAACAAUUAUUUUCAAUAAUUAGACAAUGUGAUUUUAUUUUUUUACCUGAAUGGAUAAAUGCACACCACGAAUAAAUUUUAUAAAGAUGUGAGGAAUGAUCACGUGGGUGAUGGUCGGACUGCUACUGGCUGCAGAAACAACUCAUGGCAGAAACUUUUUGUCCGACAAUGACGACACUAAUGAUAAAAUUGAAUUAAAACUUAAUGGAAUCAAAAGAACUGCGGGCACUAAUGAAGAAGAUACUUACCGUCUGACAUGCUAUACCUGUGUCAACGUCAGCGAUAAUCAGAUGUGUAAUACAUGGGCUAUUGACACCCCGUGCCCACCAAAUGGAAAAGAUUUUUGUAGAUCGCUACAUAUACUCGAUAGUCGGGGUAAUAGUGUCCUGGUAAGCAAGAGCUGCGCAAGUAGUGCAGAAUGUGGUCCAGCAUCAGUCGGUUGUGUACCAAUCGAUACUCAGAAGAUAUGCAUAAGUUGUUGCGAUGUGAGUUAUUGCAACGUCGAAUCACCAACAAAUUCAACAAACGCAAUUUAUUCACGUAAAAGGCGUAAAUUAAAAAACAAACGUAAAAAAUUCGUUAAAAAUUGUUCCGCAAAAUUAAUAACAAGUCAAUUAAUAAAAUUAUUUGGCAUUACCCUCAUAGCCACGUUAUUCUAUGCAUAUCAUUGUUAAUUUUAAAAAUAAAAAAUGUAUAUUAAUUAUUAAUAAGAAAAAAUUUAAACAAUUGCUCUAAUUAAAAAUUUAAUUAUUUUAAAAAAUAAUACUUUAAUGGCUGAAUUGUUAUAUUCUAUGGAAUUGCAUUUUUUGUUGUGAUUGUAGAUGCCUAUUGCCUUGUUAGUGCAAAAAUUAAAAAAAUGUAAAGAAUAAUUAUAAAAUUUUAAGAAACGCAAUAAUUUACAAUAUACCAAAAAUAUUAAUAUACAAAACAAUCAAUCGAAAUGCAAAUAACGUCAAUGUAGAUCUUAUACAUUAUCUUUUAAAGUGAAAAGUUUAUUUAGAAAUUAUUGCUUCUAAAAAUUUUCAAAUAAUUUGAAAUAACAAAAAUUAUUGUUUCUUUACUUUUAAGUGCAAGAGAAAAUUUAUCCAUGUUGGAAAUAAAACAAAAUAAAACUAAUUUACUGACGCAAUAUUGUGUGAAACAAAGCAAACUAUUAUUUAUAAAAUG